AGACUUGAACCCCACGGGCUCCAGAACGUUGUGCUCGCAAUUUGAUUUUGCCAUUUGCGCAUUCAAUUGCAGAGUGCACCGAACGCGCAGACGAUUGAUUGAUUGUGCAAGCGAUUGCCAGAUAAGGUUCUCGGGACAUAGUCAUGGAGGCGAGCUCAAGCAAUGGUGCCACUAAUGGAGAGACUUCGACGCAAGGUUCUGCUGCCGUGGAUUUGGAGGAGGCGCAACGGUUAUUCGACGAUGGAUGUGAGUUCAUGCACAAUGAGGCGUUCGAAGACGCUGCCGAGUGUUUCAGCAAGGCGCUCGAGAUUCGAGUGCGACAUUUUGGAGAGCUUGCUCCUGAAUGUGCGACAACGUACUUUAAGUACGGAUGCGCUUUAUUCGACAAACUUCAGGAAGAGGCCGAUCCUCUCGGCGAAACUGUCAACCCAAAUCCCGCCCUUCCAUCUUCUCAUCCAGAAGGAUCUUCAGGCAAAGAACCAGAGGUCACCGGCAAAGACCCUGUAGAGGAGGCUGGCGGAGAUGAUGAUGGAGACGAAGAUGAUGUCAUGGGUGAGGGCGAGGAAGGGAAAGAAGAGGAAGAGGGAGACCUGGAGGAUGCUUGGAAGAUGCUGGAGUUUGCUCGAGUCAUUCAUGAAAAGCUCGACAGCCGUACAAUUGAGGCUGUUGAUAUCAUAACCAAGCUUGCAGACGUAAAUUGCUUCAAAGAAAAUUACGAGGCAUGUUAUGAAGACUAUGCUAAAGCGUUGGAAAUGCUCAAGCAAAUUGUUGAACCAGAUUCGCGGAUACUAGCGGAACUGUAUUUCAAGAUCGCUAUUGCCAAGCAACUUGAUUUAAAACCUAAGGAGGCACUCAUAUACUGUAGUAAUGCAGUUGCUGUAUGCGAGGCUCGUGUACAAAGACUCAAGCAUGAAAUCAACAAUGUACACACUGAGGGAGUUGAUGCACUGGGGACUUCAGAGGCCGCCUCCGUUGUGGACGUCGAGCAUUCCGAACCUCAGACGAAUGGAAGCAUGAAAGCUACUGAACAUGAUAAUGACGAGGUUAUCAAUCCUCCUACCGAAGAGAAAUCUGCAGCGGAGUCGAAGGUUAAUGAGAUUAAAGACAUUGAAGACUUACUGGUGGAUCUCAAAGACAAGGAACAAGAAUUAAAAGAAAUGGCAUCAGCUCCAACCUUGGUGGAGCAGCUCCAAGCAGCGAAUCCUGAAGCGGCAGCCAGCAUGAAGCAACUUUUCUCGUUGGCCGCUGGAAGUCAAGCGAGUGAUUCUGGUGGCUCCUCGUCUUCAACAGCUGAUGGCAUCAAGACGUCUAAUGGGUUCGAUCAGCCGACACUUGCUAAUUUUACCUCUUCAACUGCUGUUGUAACCGAUCUUGGAGUUGUAGGUCGGGGAAUCAAACGGGCAGAGCCUGUUGCAGUUGUUCCAGCAGGAAUUGUCAACAGCAGUCAACCAUCCAAGAAGCGUUCAUUCGACAUGUUGAUGAAUGAGACUGGAAAUGGUGAAACACAAAUUGGAUUUGGAAAUGGUGCUGUGAAACAGGCAGAUAAGGGCACUAUCUGAAGGUUUAGACGGAAGAUCAAACUUGGUGUGACCCUCGAAUAUUCUUUUCAGUUAAAAGUCUAUCCAUACAUCGGCACCAUUAUGCAGAUAGUCCGCCUUGUCUUAACCAGUUCAACGUACACUGGAACCAAAUGGUGUCGCCAUUUGUUUUCAACAUGGACUCAGAUGGGAGCAUGGAUGAGUACAGUCGCAGGUGGAUUUCCUUUAGGUGGAAAUGAAAGGUAGUUUUAUUUCUUGUCAUUUUACUCCCUUUCUUUCUUUUUUGGACACUUCACUGGAUGCGUCACUUCUGGUCGGAGAAUAGGAGAGUACCCCCAACUCAAUGUUAGAUGCAAGUAUUAUUUGAUGCCUUCAGAUUCCGCUUGACGCAACACUGAGGUUAUCGGAAUAUGUUUUUGGAGUAGAACUGCUCUUACUGUUUUGACUUACUUUUGGUAAGUAACCAAGGCUUUGUGAUUUCCAAGAUUUCUACUGUAAUCAUAUGUUCUAAUUCAUCUGUUGUACUCUUUGCUUCU